AGAUGCUCCAAAAUGUAUCAGUAAAAAACUGUGAUGUUAUUUGUUUUCAAAAAGGGAAACUAGUGAGAAUCUGAGUGAUGCAGCAGAGAUGAAACUUGAGGCAUGUCUAAUCCUAAUGCUGAACGCGAUGGCGUUGGGCAUGCGUCGCGGACCGCAUCACCCUCAUGGGCAGACCCCGGUUGACCACAAGCACCAUCACUACAAGCCACGAGGCUCGGAGUCACUAACUGGAGACGUGCAGCUAUUGCAUGAUACCAAACACAUUGAAGAAGAUGCACAAGUACUAACAGCAGAAGCGCUAUCACAGAUGACACCAGAAGAAUUAGAGUUCCAUUACUUUUCAGCUCACGAUUUUGAUAAAAAUUCCAUGUUGGAUGGAUUGGAAUUGCUAAAGGCUGUUUAUCAUACUAUUGAACAUGAAGCCCCAGAUCCAGAUGCAGAUUCAUCUAUUGAACCAGAAGCUAAUGAUCUUGAUGCUUACAUAGCUCUAGUGGAUCGAACAUUAGAAUCAGAUGAUAAAGAUGGUGAUGGAUAUGUAUCUUAUGCAGAAUAUAGAGCAGCAAGAGCCAAUAAUCCAUCAGAAAGAACUCCUCGAGUUCUUGCAGCACCUUAAACUAACAAAUCAGGAUUGUGAUAUAAAGCAUGGAUGAACCCAUUUUUGUAAAGGAAGCAACAACGAAUAGUUUUAAGAAAAUUUUACUAAGAAUAAUAGACCUAUUUGGAAAUGUAAUGAUUGCAGACUGAUUUGGGCUAAUUUGUGUACUUGAUUAUGCUGUUGCUAAAUGAUCCGUAUGAGUAAAAUAAUACGACAGUUAAUUCUGUACAUAGUUUAAUUGAUUAGAA